UUAUUGAAAUUUUUUGUUGGCUUUGUGGCAAUGGUUCUCUUGGUGAUCGCCAAACUGGGAGUGGUAGCUGGAGUUGCAUUCGCUACCAAGCAGCUGGGAGUUUGGGAGAGUUCAGAGCACUCGGCUGUGCUCCUGGAGAAUGCCAGAGAAAGUCUUAGGCCUUACGCACAGGACCUGAAGGAUCGGAUCUGCUGCUGGAGAUGUCAGGAGAAAUGCAUGGAGGAAUUCGAGCCGAAGCCAUGGCGAGAGUCUUUCGUGGACUCCUGGAAUGACACCAUCAAAAGGGCGUUUCUCUUUCUGAAUCAGGUACCCACAUAUUUUCAUCACUUUGCGGAGGAUGUGGAGAAAGCCGUGACCGAUUUGGUAAAGGAAAAGGACCAAAAGAUCCAAAAGAUGAACCCAAAACAAACCAGCUCCUCCACGAUGGACAAAACUUUAGCUAAAUCCAAUUGAAAACUGCUCUCCCUAAGUUUGAA